AAUCCCCGAAAGUGAGGUAGCAAAGGGCACUAGAGAGGUUCACAGACAAGUCGAAGCGAUUAGCUAGUGAAGCCUAAGUUGUGGACCUUAGUUUGUACGACAAUGGGCGAGCUCAAUCAAGAUGAAGAAUUUCAAGUCCCCGUAAGCCCCACUGGCCAGUACUUUAACAGCUCCAUAAUGUCCGCUGCUGUUAUAGGGGUGUUAGAGUCUGAAAUUCCCAUACAAGAGGAUGACUCCCUAACCUUGAAACUGCUUCAGGAACUUUUCCUACCCAUCAAUCCACGGUUGUCUUCCAUCAUGGUUCAAGACGAAAAAGGAGUGAAAUUGUGGAAGAAAGUAGAAGUGAUUCCCAAAAACCACAUUCAUGUGCCAGUUUUCCCUGAGGGGAAGUCUAUAGAAUUCUAUGAUGAAUGCUUCAAUGACUAUUUGUCAAACAUGGCUUUGCAGCCACUCCCACAAAGCCAACCAUUAUGGGAAGUUCACAUAAUUAAAUACCCUACCAAGAACGCAGCUGGAAAUCUUGUGUUUAAGCUUCAUCAUGCACUGGGUGAUGGCUACUCAAUUAUGGGAGCUCUUCUUUCAUGUUUACAAAGAGCUGAUGACCCUUCUCUUCCUAUAACGUUUCCUGAAUUUCAAACGAAUCCUAAGGGAAAGAAUAAUGAUGAAGGUAGCAUAUUCAAGAAGGUCCCUCGAGUUCUAUCUGGAAUAGGUAACACUAUAUCUGACUUUGCAUGGAGCAUGUUGAAGAGCACUUUUCUUCAAGAUGAUCAGACACCCAUAAGGUCUGGAGAAGAUGGAGUGGAAUUUCGACCCAUGACUAUUACAACAAUGACAUUUUCCAUUGACCAAAUCAAGCAAAUGAAGGCCAAUCUUGACGCGUCAGUAAACGAUGUUAUAUGUGGAGUAAUAUUUCUGGGGACUCGACUGUACAUGCAAGCAAUUGACCCAGAAAAGACCAAUGGAAAAUCUUCAGCAUUGGUGCUGCUAAGCACCAGAGCCAUUCGUGGGUACAAGACAGUGAAGGAGAUGGUGGAACCCAAUUCUAAGACUCCAUGGGGCAACCAUUUUGCCUUUAUGCACGUAUCCGUCCCAAACCUAGCAAAAGCCGGGUCCCAAAACCCACUAAAUUUUGUCCUGGAAGCCCAGAAAAUCAUCAGGUCAAAAAGAAAUUCUGCAGGAGUUUAUCUCAACGGCAAAUUGCUAGAAACAAUGCGCAAAUGUAGAGGACCCGAGGCCACGGCUAAGUUUAUCCACAAAACACUAACGAACUCGAGCAUGACAGUUUCUAAUGUUUUUGGUCCUGUAGACCGAUUGGCUUUGGCCAAUCAUCCGGCUAAAGGAAUGUAUUUCAUGAUGGCCGGAUCUCCUCAGAAUCUUACAAUAACAAUGGUUAGCUAUAUGAAAAAGCUGAGGGUUGCAAUAGGUGUCGAAAAGGGAAUGAUAGAUGCAGAAAAGUUCAAGUCAUCAAUUGAUGAGGCCUUCAAUAUGAUAUCUCUUGCCGCUAUCAAUAAUGGUUCUGCUCCCCACCAACCACCAAUUAGUACACCAUUGAAUGUCACAUGAUAAUUUGCUCUAAUUUUGCGGCAAGUAAUCGAUUAUGCUUCAUUUAGUCUUCAUUACGUUAUUUGCUGUACUGCCGACGAAUUUUGGCGACAUACUUUUUAUCGUGCUUGUAAUUAGCCCUUUUUUUUGCCCCCCUUUUUCUCGAGGGAAAAGUUUGUUUUGCUUUAAGCAAA